AUUGAAGAAGAGUAAGACAUUUUAAGAAGAAGUUGAUGUUUGGACGGGUCCAGAAAGUCCUAUCCAAACAAUUAUUUAAGUCUUUGACACAACUUUUCUUAUUACGGAAUUCAAGAACAGUCACUUCUAAAAUGUCUUUCCAGUACCCAAAUGCUUACCGUGACGAGGCAGUUGUGGACGACUACCAUGGCAAUAAGAUUCCAGACCCGUACAGUUGGCUGGAAGACCCAGACAGCGAAAAGACGCAGGCUUUUGUCAAUGCUCAGAACCAGCUGACACUGCCCUACUUGGAGCGCUGUGAGGUGCGAGACCUGUUCAAGGAGCGCAUGACGGAGCUCUACGACUACCCCAAAUACAGCUGCCCCUUCAAGAGGGGGAGUAGGUAUUUCCACUUCUACAACACUGGUCUCCAGAACCAGAGUGUGAUGUAUGUUCAGGAGAGCCUGGAGGCAGAGCCCACAGUCUUUCUGGACCCAAACACUUUCUCUGAGGAUGGGACUGUUGCUUUACAAGGCUAUGCGUUCUCGGAGGAUGGCGAAUACCUGGCGUAUGGUACCAGCGCCAGCGGCUCGGACUGGGUGGAGAUGCACUUCCUGCAGGUGGAGGGGGCUGUCGCCCUCAAGGACAAACUAGAGAGGGUUAAGUUCAGCUGCAUGUCCUGGACCCACGACGGCAAGGGCCUCUUCUACAACUCUUACCCCUCAUAGCUCUUCCUCUUAUUUGUCAUCCUCCUCUGUAUUAUACUCCAUGUGUAUUUUGGUUCUGUCGAGAGAUAGGUGAUACAGGGUAGGACUUAAAACACUUAGUUAUCAGCCUAAAGGUCAAAGGUUAAGGCUGCAAAUGUCAUCAGUAGGCGGUCAUAAAAUGAAACAGCCCCUAAUUGGUGCAACCCCCUACACAAUACAGACAAUUGUAUGUAUUUAUCAUUUGGAGUGCAUUUGGAAGGCUGUUGCUCAGUAAAAUCACUAGGUAAAUUAUUUUAGCAUUUAGGAUUUUAACUCUUCACAGUGUUGGCGUGAAUGGGUUUAGAUUUAGGUUAUUUUGUUGUUCUGUGGCCAGGAGGAGUGUAAUGCAGAAAGAAAGUGUGUGUCCGUGUGUGUCCACAUAUCCUCUCAGACUGAUGUUAAUUUCUACCUCUUGACAUGUGCUGAUUGUUUAUCAAUUAAAGGGAUAUAAACAACUAACUGCAAUGCCACAACUUCAAUAAAAAACAUUUUGAACAG